UUUAGAUAUAAAAAAGCAAUUUGGGGAAGACUGUUCUCCCAUUUGUUCCUUUCGUAUUACUUUUGUUUAUCCGACUCUUUUAGCGUGAGAUAUAUACCCUCUUCGCAGGCAUCAUUGAGAUUAAUACCACAAAAAUGCGUCUUUCUGCAUCUCUCAUCCCACUGGCAAUGCUUGUGGUCAGCGGCUUGCCCUCGGUUGUCGGAGAUGUCUGGUUGACCUUUUCGCAUUAUACUCAGUCGGAUUGUAGUGGUAGCCCCGUUGGCUUCUUUUACGCCGACUGGACCCAGUAUGCUCAACUGAUGGCAGGGCUAAACUCUACGUGGUCAUCAUCCGCUGCAGCCGUCGCCAAUGUCCAAACAUGUCAGCAACUCAUUGCAGCUCAAAAAGAGUUUCCUUCAAGUUUUUAUGGACAGUUGAAUUCGAGGACUUCUAUCUCGCUUACGGCUGGGGAUAUUUUGGCGUUGAAUUUGGCUAUAAAGAUUUUUGCGGAUGUGAGCGUUGAUUUGAUUCAUGUUCAGGAUAAGUUGGAUGCUAUUCAGGCUGGGACUUGUUACCCUAAUCUGCAAACACGCUGGGGCAACAAUACCUAUGGCUAUUUGAAACCGGGUUGCGUUGUCAGCACCACGGCUCCGGCUCUCCCCGGCACUUCCUCACAAACCUACAGCAUUCGGGCCUCGACCUACACACCCGUGGACCAAAACAGUACAUGCGGUUAUAAGCGAGCAUUGGGGAUUAUGGGCGUCCUGGCUGACGACAUCUGCCGAACUGAAACCGGAAUCAUAUACCAAGUUGGUCAAUCUAAUGUUGGACGGGCUUGUGUUCGUGCGACAUGUUCCGGCGAUUUUCCCAAACUCUAUGCAAAUGCGUCUGCGCUAACUUGGAGCCAGGGGGGAUUUGGAGGAAUCCAACAUGGCAGUGCGAAUAUUUCUCUUAAUGUUGAUGCGUAUGCAAAUGCUUGCGAGCUUUCUGGGACUCCGUACUCGCAUUUUACGACCUGUAAAGUUGGCGGUUACACUGCGUCAUCAGAGUCGACGACCGAUACCAAAAAACCUGGGAAUGGCAAAUCUUUUGUGGAUAAUAUAACGUAUCAAACUCACGGAUUCACAAGCGCGAACCAGGGCACCAGGGUUACCAUCCCAGGAAACGCUGGCAUCAAGCUUCGGCCCAGCGGCACUGGUAAUGCUAGCGUUACAGUCAAUGUAACCAGUUCUCCGGAUCCGAUAACUGCUCUCACGAUUCCACCGACGGGUAUAAAUACCUACUGGAGAUUCGAGGCUACAGCUAAUGCCACGUUUUCGGCGGAUCUCUCCUGGACGUACACGGACGCAGACCUUGCUUUAUUUAACUAUACCGCCACGAGCCUCAAAUGGGCCUUUUACAACCAAGUAACAGGAACGUGGGAUACUCAAUCGGGUACCACGGUCGACACAUCCGCCAAAACAGUUGGAUACACUACUACACACUUUUCAGAGUGGACUAUUGUGGCGUCAGCGACGAGUGGAGCAUUGUCUAGUGCUCCUUCAUUGGUUAUGGUGCUUGUUGCUGUGUUGGUUGGUGUGCUGUCCGUGUAGUUGGUACCUUGUUUGACUGUUGUGGGUUUCUGGGGAAAGAGUAUCGUGCAGUAUUUGUUCCGUCGUUAAUACUGUGUGCAAAGUG